UCACCAUCACUUCAAAAAUCGCUAGUGCAAGCACCAGGCGAUCAAUACAGUAGUUAGUCCACCCCGCGUUUUCCGCGUCACUCAGAAUUCGCAACAUAGAUAGUCCUGAGCACACUUCCCAGCAUACGUAGCUGCUCGUCAGUCGCUCGUUUAGCCACUCCCUGCCUCGAAACCUAGACCGCUAUUCAACAUGCUGUACCAGCACCGGCGGCAACCUAUCGUCCGGAUCCCGGGACUAACCGCUCGCGUGAAGUCCGCUUGACCCGACCAGUGGCUUCCUGGAAUGGAUCGACAUUCGGCGCAUUGCGCGAAAUCAUUGCACUGCGCCGACUCGGCGCGUUUUGGCGUCGCUUCAGCCAGAGGCUCGCCGUUACGUCGGUCUAUCCGCGCACGUCGUUGGUCCCUUCUGCCUCGCCUCGACCUCGGCACUCCCACUACCCGUUUUCGAGGCGAAUCCACCCGUACUCUUCAACCUUCUGGCACCGUGUACCUAAAAUCACCGUCUCAUCAUUCACCGCGGCAACAAUCUCGAUACCGGAAAAUAUCUCACGACCGAUUUCACGGAGGAUCCCGCGACAGGUAUCGACGGAGAUAUGCUGUCGUGGCGGUUUCUGACCACUUGUGUCUUGCCACGUGGACCGUGCUGUGCUGCCUCGUGGCCUCGCCAUGGAUCGCGGGGGUCUCGGCGAGCAGCGGCGGCGCGAUGCGCCACGUCAGCAGCGAUCGAAUGGCCAUGGAACGCGCUAAGAAGCUCUUCGAGGACUGGGAGUCCGCCUAUGGGCUAGCCAACGGCUCCCUCUCCCCUGCCCCCGCGCUCGGCUUCCCCCCGGGCGUGCCCCCCGCGCCCCACCUGGAGGACUGCGCGCGGCGCACGGCUGCCCGCGCGCGCGCGGAGGAGAGGGGACCAAACGGAGAGGCGCCCGCGUGGGCGCGCGCGGGGGAGUGCUGCCAGUGCAGAGCGGACGUGCCCCCCGCCAACUGCACUCCGCAAACGCCCUGGAUCCGUGGUCCCGACGCAGCGAGCUUCGCCCUGACACGCGUGGCGCAGAGGGACAUCUGGGCGAACCAGUUCCCCGCCCCCUCCGACUGCAACAGGCGCCGCCUGGUGCUGACGCACUGGCCGGGGCUGCACCACGGGCUGGGGUCGCAGCUGCACAUCAUGUCGUCCUUCCUCAGCCUCGCCGUGCGCUUCAACCGCACCCUCGUGGUCAAGCCCGAGAGCUUCAACCGCGCCACUCAGGCCUGCCGCGACCUGGCCAUAGGCAACAACUUUGAGUGCUUUUUCUUCCCCCUGGGCGCCCCCGCGUGCCUGAAGCUGGCCCUAGAGGCGGAGGCGAGGGGCGAGGUGGUGAACAGCGACGGCAUGAAGAACGAGGAGCGGGAGCAGGUGCUGGGGUCAGACACUCCCGUGGUGCAGGUGGCCAAUACCGGGCUGUUCCCUGAAGUGGGCGCUACGGACCUGUGGGGCGUGCCCUCUCUCGACCGCCCAUUCACAAUAGAGCAGCUGGGGAAGGUGCAAGGCCAGUACCUCUCCUGGGGCCAGGCGCGCUGGUGGCGGGCCCAGUCGCUCCGCUUCAUGCUGCGCUGGCCCUCUGCAUACCUCUGCCACGUCAUCAACCGCGUGCGCCACUCCGCCUACGGUCUCCUGGUAGCAGACCGGGUGGCAUCCGUUGUCCUGAAGCAGGCAGAGCUCGUACAAGCACUCAACGCCUCUGCUACCAACUCUCCACCUCCACCAACCCCUCAAGACCCCACCCACCCUCCCAUUGACUUGGCCGAUGACGUGCGCUUCCUCUCCUCUUCUCCCAUCUCCGCCCCUUCCUCCACCCCCUCCUCCUCCCUACUCCUCUCCCCACCUCCCUCUGCCGCUCCUCCCCCCUUCUCUCCCUCCCCUCCAUCCCUCGCCUCGCAUAUCUGGUCGCAUCAGGGCCUGGCCGGCUGCAGCACCUGCAGCGCCGCCAGCACGUCCCAACCCACAUCACCACCAUCACCAGCAUCAUCCCCAUCACGAGGAGCAUGCACAUGGGCGGCGAGUGCGAGUGUGUACGAGGAGGUGGGGGCACCACCGUUCAUGCUGCGGCCGGUGAUCAGCAUGCACGUGCGGCAGGGCGACAAGGGCAUCGAGAUGUCGCUGCACUCGCUCGCCAGCUUCAUCUUCUUCGCGUACCGCCUGCGCCGCCACAAGCCCGACCUGCAGUACAUCUGGCUCAGCAGCGAGAUGGAGUCCGUGAUGGCAGCAGCGGAGUCGUUCCCGGACUGGACCUUCCUGUACGCCAGCAGCAGCAGGGCGACGGACGUGGAGCAGAUGAAGCAGCAGCAGUUCUCGGGGCAGCAGCCCGUGGCAGAGAUCUUCGCGAGCCUGCUCAUCACAUCCGAGAGUGACUAUUUUAUCGGGUCGCUGGGGUCCAAUUGGAACAGGGUGAUUGAUGAGCUCAGGUCCACUAAUGGGAGGCUGUUUGGGGGGAUGGUCACUUUGACGCACGGGGUUUAGGUUACGGUCUGGUGCUGGCUUUUACUGGACUGGAUGUUGCAACAGUUGGUAUGGAAAUGAGAGGCUGAAGAUUUAUCUUCUUCCGCCUUCCCAAGGCAUGCACGUUUCUAUGGUCGCCUCCUGUUGGAAGGAUUUGGAAGCCAAAUGCUGCAGCAUGAAGCAU